CGCAGAGAAAUGUAAAUGCCAUUAUACGUUUCUGUCGCUGUGAAUAUUGAAACGUCCUCAGUGGAGGCGUCCAAUGAGACGAAUUGGGGGGCGUGAUCAGUGCUGAAUUUGCUAUCUUGCUGCAGGCUACAAACAAACUCGCGGCCUAUCAUGUUCCUCGCCGCUGGAUAGCCAACUAACUAACAUGUAACAUUGUUAGCUUCCCUAUUUAUUUUUGAACGAGUCUAUUUCUACAGGCUAUGAUUUGUGUUGAGCAUGCUUAACUAGCUACAUGUAUUCUGUGGUUGUACAACUAAGUAGCUAAGUACUUCGUUAUGGGAAUGGUGCUUUUAAGUAAAGCUUAUCAUGUCGCUGUCACAGUCAGGCCUGCACGAGCUUGUUUGUCAGCUAACUAAGUUAGCUAGCUACAGUAACUGGUUAGCCAAUAUGUUUAGCUGCAGUUACAGGAGUUGCCUAGCUAACUUUGCAACGAAUGCAACCUUGCAUAUGGCACAUAUGCAUCCAUUGCUAACAUCAACAAGCUAAUCAUAAAGAUAAAGUAGUUUUGGCGCAAAUGCAUGCAUGUAUAUCCUCGCCCUCAGUAAGUUACGCUAAAGUAUGCUAGUUAGCUGCAUUGCUGGAUUGUUAUGCUAACUGGAAGUAGCUAGCUGCUAACGACCCCUAGCCUAUCUUUAACUGACUAGCUAGUGCACCUGUCUGCAUCUGAUUCCUGCCACUCUGAUGAAAGUUGUGUUUUUAGACUCUUUCUAGGUAUCAUAAACGGAGCUAAACACAUUGUGUUUGCAGUCCUGUAAUGAAGUUAUCUGGAGCUGUCAGUCCUGACAGUAAGUAUUAGCUAAUUUCUCUUUAAUUUGCUAGCUACCUAGCUAGCAACGUCAUAUAAUUUAGCAAGGUAGCCUAACUAACUGACGUUCUCCUUAAAUAUUUUUUCGUUUAUUAGGAUCCCCAUUAGCUAUUGCGUAUUCAGUAGCUAUCUACUCUUUCAGCUACUCUUGUCUGCACUAAAUGUCCAACACAUGUCCAGUGUCAUCCACCAUGGAUUGUUAUUGAAUAAUGAUAGCUAACUUUAGCUAGUCAAUUUUGCAGUUGCUGCACAGGAACUGUUUUUAGAAAUGUAAUGAAAGUGAAUGUACUAGCUAUCUUUCCUACAUGGCUGUUGACUCCUGUCUGUCUCUGUCUAGGGAGGCCUAUUUGUUAUGGAGUGACUGAAGAUUGAAAUAGAUUGUUCUGAAUCUGAACCAUCUCUGUUGUCUGUACUGUAGCCUAUGUUAUUAAUAUCCUAUCCUCUUAUUCCUGCAGAGCUGACAGGAAGAGAACAGCAUUCAUGGAUGUAGUGGACACUUUCAACCAUUUGAUUCCAAGUGACCAGUUGGAUGACUCCUUACUGAUAGGCCAGAACUUGGAAUGUGAAGCAAGUAAUGACUUUGGAACAGGUGUCGACCAACUGGGAGACUCACUGAGGAACAUGCUAAGUGAUAAAGAUCCCAUGUUUGGAUCUGCAAGUUCACACUUCAAUAUCUUAGAUAAUGAAGACGCCAACUUCCAGAUCGCCGGAGCAACAGGUAUUUGUAGUCUAGAUAUAAUUAUUUUGUAAGACCGUGUUUAAAGAAACCACAAUUUGUAACAACUGAUGUUUUGUUAAUGCUUCUAAAAUAAAUCGAAGUUAUUAUGUAAUCUCUCAUCUUCUCCUCUCCCCCUGUAGUUGCAGAUAUUGAUGUUGGUGCAACAGAGGGUAUCCUCGGUACCCCUGGUGGUGGGUUGGCUGGUACAGAGACUCCGCAAGUCAAACGGUCUGUUGGCAGACCCAGGAAAUACGCAUUAGGAGUUACGCCAGGUUAACAACAUUUCCGUUUUACAUUUGUUUUUUGUUUUUUAAAGGAGAGUGUAUAUAUAUAUAUAUAUUUUUUUUUGCACGGUUAUGACGUGACAGGCAGAGUGGGGAGACAGGAGACUACCUCCCGAGUGGCGCAGUGGUCUAAGGCACUGCAUCGCAGUGCUAGCUGUGCCACUAGAGAUCCUGGUUCGUAUCCAGGCUCUGUUGUAGCCGGCCGCGACCGGGAGACCCAUGGGGCGGCGCACAAUUGGUCCAGCGUCGUCCAGGGUAGGGGAGGGAAUGGCCGGUAGGAAUGUAGCUCAGUUGGUAGAGCAUGGUGUUUGCAACGCCAGGGUUGUGGGUUCGAUUCCCACGGGGGGCCAGUAUAAAAAAUAAUGUAUGCACUAACUGUAAUAAGGAUAAGAGCGUCUGCUAAAUGACAAAACAUUUAAAAAAUUUACAGGCAGGUGGGAGAAACAGUAAAGGGUGGGAAUGGGGAGGCAGGUGGGAGAAACAGUGAAGGGUUGGAGCGGGGAGACAGCCAGGUGGGAGAAACAAUUUGAAGGGUUGGAGCGGGGAGACAGGCAGGUGGGAGAAACAGUAAAGGGUUGGAGCGGGGAGACAGCAAGGUGGGAGAAACAAUUUUAAGGGUUGGAGCGGGGAGACAGGCAGGUGGGAGAAACAGUUUGAAGGGUUGGAGCGGGGAGACGGGCAGGUGGGAGAAACAGUUUGAAGGGUUGGAGCGGGGAGACAGCCAGGUGGGAGAAACAGUGAAGGGUUAGAGCAGGGAUUGAACCUUGGUCUCUGGUGGGGAGAGGACUUUAUGUAUAUAGGACUGGAUUGUUGUGGUGCAUAGUUUUAAAUUAACUUUGUCAGCCGUAUUGCUUCGUUUAUAUUGUCAAAUGAGAAUCGUCAGUGCGUGACGCUCCAGUUUCCAUCUUUUACAUUCCAGAGCGAAGUGCUGGCAGAGGGUCUUCCAACAACAAAAAGCCCCCGGGAAAACCUGGGAGACCUAGAAAGAAGUCCACUCUGAGUGAGAAGAUAACUACUGCUGACGAGUUAAGGAGAGAGCUUUACCUGGGUGGCGGCAGGGUGAAUAUCAACCACCUUGACUUGGGAUCGUCGAUGAACCCCGUCGUCGUGUUACAGAGGUUGACGGUCACUUUCGGGGGUUUCAAAAUCGAGCUUCUCCCGGGACCCUCUUUUACUGCUUUCACAUCAACUGAAAACACUGACGCCUGCUAUGAGGAUGGUUCGCUGUACGGUGAGGGGAUGGAAUACACGAUGGUGCAAGAGGAACCGUUACACAUACAGAAUCCCACGCCAGGGAGUGGAGGGGGUGUGGGUGCUGCUCAGCUCUUGGUGAAGUACUGUGCUGACGACUUGCCCCUAGGGCUAGGACCUUACGUGAACCCCAAUGACGUUCAGGCCUCCAACGGGGCGCUUCUAGGAGAUUCUUGCUCGGCCGAGACCAAACUCGACGACCAAAGCGAUUCUCAGAAGCAUGAUCCAGCGGGGGUGAGGAAAGAUGCCAGUAGCAAGAAGGCAGCGCGGCAGCACCUGCCAAACAGCAAAGUUCCUACCGCUAAUAAUCCAGCCAAAGAGCAGCAGCCCAAGCCGAAGCUGUCAGCACUGUCCUCUGCUAAGAACAAGCACCUGGUAGCUGGUCGACCAAGCAGCAUAGGUAAGGGGCCCAAAGGAACCCAACAACACGCCCUGGGGAAGAAGCUCCAUCAGAGAGGCAAAAUGUACAAUAUGGACGAAAUGAAAGCCAAGCAAGUCAUCAUGUCCUUGAAAAGGCCAGGUGAAUUUAACCCAGCUCAACCCGGCCCUAAGAUUCAGAGGACGCAAGACGGACGUCCUGUGAAACUAAAGCAGAGAUUACCUGACAUGGGUCGCGGCGGUCCGGUCAAAAAAACACUGCCGUCUGGAAAGCGUCCUCCUGGUAUGUCGCAAGGGACGACGACUACAACCAAACCGUCCAACGCUCACGUGGCCGAAGCCCAACCACAACCCCAGUUUGGAUGGACACCAUGUAAACCUGCCAAUCCUCAGAAGGAGACAUCGGAGGAGGAGGAGGAAGACGAACCUAAAGUGAAGAAGCCAGACAAGUCUCUUCAGAAACAGAGAAGCAGGAACGUCAGCAGAAGCAUCUCCGUGGAGGAACCACAGCUCUUCAUCCCCGACAACGCUCCUGCCGUCGUGAAGAAGGAAACCAGCGAGGAAGAACAGGCUAAAGAAUCCGGGAAGGGACCAGAGAAGGAACCCGCAAACAGCGAGACCGUUGUGUGGGAUCCAAACAAGAACUGUGGGUUGUGCAAGAAACCUCAUAGUAACAAGUAAGACUAGUGUUCUUUGCAUACCAAAGUGAUGAGAGUUGAAUAGAAAAUGUAGUACUUAUGCAACAUUGUAAACCUGUUAUUACUAAGUUGUUACAUCUUAGGCUAAAUUACAACAAUGGAACAUGUAGAAUAUUCCCUGGGAAGUGAGCUCGUGUUCUUCUAAACAUAGGUUUGUUUUGUGGGUUUUUGUUCUGUUCAGGUUCAUGGUGGGCUGUGGGCACUGUGAUGACUGGUUCCAUGGGGACUGUGCGGGUCUGGACCUGGCCAAGGUGAAGCAGAUGGAGGAGGAGGACCAGGAGUAUAUCUGUCUGAAGUGCUGCGCCAAGCACCAGUACACCAACACCAAGGUCUGUGGGUUUAGAUUUUAAUGGACUUUUUAAUGGAGAAGGGAGUAUAUUUCUCUGAAGUGCUGCAAGGUCUGUGAAUUGAUUUUAAGUUGCACUAGCUCAAAGUUUAUUUUAACUUGCGCUUUGAUUUUAAUGUAUUUUUAAUGUAUGGUGUCCUGAAAGGACUAAAAUAAUAUAGAUAUAUAUUAAUAAUAACAUUUUAAUGUUAUUUAUCUUCUUCUUCUCCUCAUUAGGAGCCAGGUGGUGCUGUGCAGGGGGAGGCCAGGACAGAGGGACAGCAGAAGCCCUCUGAGACCCAGGACAACAAGAUGGCCGCCAAGCAGAAACAGCCGUCCCCACAUCCUGUCACCUCCGGGGGAGUCAGGCCCUUCAGAAAGGUAAGGUUCACCCUGCUAGUAGUCUGCAUUGAAUGCUUUAAAUAUAUAUUUUUGUACAUUUAAUGUAGGCCUGAAGAACGGAUAAGAAUAUUAUAAUAAUCUUAAAUGGAGCUGUAACAUAAUGGAUUACCAUCGGGUCAGUGCAUAUUUAUGAUAUUAAAUCCUAUGAGAAGAGAUUUGAUGAUAAACCUUUAUAUGCAUAUUAUCUGUUGUCAAAAUCUUACAUUUAACACCCAAUAAAUGUUUUAGUAACAUUAUCUUCAACAAGCCCUACCAUUGAUGAAAUGUAGUGAUGCAGAUGUUGUCCUCUUCAGCUUAUUCAGCUGAUAUGUAUGAAAGCCAGUGUUGGCACUACUCAAGGGCUGGUUGUCCUCUUCCCUGCAUGGGUACACAUGGAAGGAAGGGUGUUAGGUUACCAUGGUGAUUCUAUUCAACAUCUGUCUUAACCACCAUUUUAAAUGUCCUUAUGUUUUCAGUACCAUCAUGCACAACCCCCCUGCCCACCAAGAAAAACAAACAUUUUAAUGUACUAUUGACUUUCUAAGAUUAUUUUUUUAGUCUCACUGAGGAGAUAUUCUGCGUCUGUGUCUCACUCCGUAACAUAGGACUCUGUGGAAAGAAGGCAGUCAACUGAAGUCAAAGAUUCAACGCAGAAAUCAGGUGUGUUUUACUGUUGUUGUGUAGUGUGCCUCUACGUUCUGCUGUCCAUGUCCCUCACAGGAGUCGGGUUCAAUAGGCAUGAAACUGGAAAAGGGGGAGGGGAUGUUAAUGGACGCCAAAACCAGGAGGGUGAAUCUGAAUUUGUCCAAUAAGAAACGCUUGUUUUCGUUUUCCAAAAUGUUUUACUACAAGGUGCCCUAAUGAACAUGCCCUACUCUGCGAUGUCUCCUACUGUCUGUGGCUGUGUCCCGUUAGGAGUGGCAGUCAAACAGGAGACCAAGAGGCCCAAGGUGUCGUCUUCCUCCUCUAAGAAACCCGUGUCUGUUGACCACAUCAGACGGAGCGUCCGUGACGCCCUGAAGGACAUCCUCCUGAAGAGGUAAUUAAACAUGCUAUAACAGUAACAUAACCCUUACCCUGAAGGACAUCCUCCUGAAGAGGUAAUUAAACAUGUUAUAACAGUAGCAUAACCCUUACCCUGAAGGACAUCCUCCUGAAGAGGUAAUUAAACAUGCUAUAACAGUAGCAUAACAUUAUAAACACAUAACAGUCAGAUGGAAUCUGUUUAGUCUAAUAACCAUUAUAACAGUUGGAUGAUGCACUACAUGGCCAAAAGUAUGUGGACACCUGCUCGUUAAACAUCUCAUUCCAAAAUCAUGGGCAUUAAUAUAGAGUUGGUUCCCCCUUUUACUGCUAUAACAGCCUCCACUCUUCUGGGAAGGCUUUCCACUAGAUGUUGGAACAUUGCUGCGGGGACUUGCUUCCAUUCAGCCACAAGAGCUUUAGUGAGGUCGGGCACUGAUGUUGGGCGAUUAGGCCUGGCUCGCAGUCAGCGUUCCAAUUCAUCCCAAAGGUGUUCGAUGAGGUUGAGGUCAGGGCUCUGUGCUGGCCAGUCAAAUCCUACCACACGAUCUCGACCAACCAUUUCUGUAUGGACCUCGCUUUGUGCAUGGGGCAUUGUCAUGCUGAAACAGGAAAGGGCCUUCCCCAAACUUUUGCCACAAAGUUGGAAGCACAGAAUUGUCUAGAAUGUCAUUGUAUGCUGUAGCGUUAAGAUUUCCAUUCACUGGAACUAAGGGGCCUAGCCUGAACCAUGAAAAACAGCCCCAGACCAUUAUUCCUCCUCCACCAAACUGUACAGUUGGCACUAUGCAUUGAGGCAGGUAGUGUUCUUCUGGCAUCCGCCAAACCCAGAUUCUUCUGUCGGACUACCAGAUGGUGAAGCGUGAUUCAUCACUCCAGAGAACGCGUUUCCACUGCUCCAGAGUCCAAUGGUGGCGAACUUUACACCACUCCAGCCGACGCUUGGCAUUGUGCGUGGUAAUCUUAAGCUUGGGUGUGGCUGCUCGGCCAUGGAAACCCAUUUCAUGAAGCUCCCGACGAACAGUUAUUGUGCUGACAUUGCUUCCAGAGGCAGUUUGGAACUUGGUAUUGAGUGUUGCAUCCGAGGACAGACGAUUUUUACGCGCUUCAGCACUCGGCGGUCCCGUUCUGUGAGCUUGUGUGGUCUACCACUUCGCCGCUGAGCCAUUGUUGCUCCUAGACGUUUCCACUUCACAAUAACAGCACUUACAGUUGACCAGGGCAGCUCUAGCAGGGCAGAAAUUUGUGUGCUUGAUUUUAAACACCUGUCAGAAACAGGUUUGGCUGAAAUAGCCAAAUCCACUAAUUUGAAGGGGUGUCCACAUACUUGCCGUAGAGAAUGGUGGUGAUCCUGUGUAAUCCUCUAUUGUGCCCUACGUUGUCUCAGGCUGAAGGAGUCUGAUUUCCAGGCGUCACCAGAGAAGGCUGCUGAGGUGGCUAAGAAGACUGAGAGAGAGCUGUUUGCGUUCUACAGAGACACAGACUGCAAAUACAAGAGCAAGUACCGGAGCUUGAUGUUCAACCUCAAAGACACCAAAAACAAUGUAAGUUAUGUUAACAAUUUUUAUGCAAGGAAUUCUCUUGAAUUUUGAAUUUUUUUGACUACUCACAAUUGUAUGGAUGUUAUACUGGAUUUUCUCACAGCUUGUAGUAGGUACUUGGUCUUGAAAUGAGAUACGCUUGAACGUUAACUACAUGAAACGUAUAAAACGCAAACAUAAUGUAAAAUACAUUUUGAUAUCAGUUCACCUAGAUAUCAAGCUCCGGUACUAUAACUUGGGUAUAAAUGACUUUAUAACUUGUGUAUUUCAGGUGUUAUUCAAGAGGGUCCUGAAAGGAGAGAUUUCUCCUGGCACUUUGAUAAGGAUGAGUCCCGAGGAACUAGCCUCAAAGGAACUGGCUGCAUGGAGACAAAGAGAGAAUCGCCACGUAAGCAACACUGAAACACACUGCCUGUCCUCCUUCAACACUGAAACACACUGCCUGUCCUCCUUCAACACUGAAACACACUGCCUGUCCUCCUUCAACACUGAAACACACUGCCUGUCCUUCUUCAACACUGAAACACGGCCUGUCCUCCUUCAACACUGAAACACACUGCCUGUCCAUUCUUCAACACUGAAACACGGCCUGUCCUCCUUCAACACGGAAACACACUGCCUGUCCUCCUUCAACACUGAAACACACUGCCUGUCCUCCUUCAACACUGAAACACACUGCCUGUCCUUCUUCAACACUGAAACACACUGCCUGUCCUCCUUCAACACUGAAACACACUGCCUGUCCUCCUUCAACACUGAAACACACUGCCUGUCCUCCUUCAACACUGAAACACACUGCCUGUCCUCCUUCAACACUGAAACACACUGCCUGUCCUCCUUCAACACUGAAACACACUGCCUGUCCUCCUUCAACACUGAAACACACUGCCUGCCUCCUUCAACACUCAACACCUGCUGCUCAAACUGAAACACUGCCUGUCUCCUUCAACACUGAAACACACUGCCUGUCCUCCUUCAACACUGAAACACACUGCCUGUCCUCCUUCAACACUGAAACACACUGCCUGUCCUCCUUCAACACUGAAACACACUGCCUGUCUUCCUUCAACACUCAAACACACUGCCUGCCCUCCUUCAACACUCAAACACACUGCCUGCCCUCCUUCAACACUCAAACACACUGCCUGCCCUCCUUCAACACUGAAACACACUGCCUGCCCUCCUUCAACACUGAAACACACUGCCUGCCCUCCUUCAACACUCAAACACACUGCCUGCCCGCCUUCAACACUGAAACACACUGCCUGUCCUCCUUCAACACUGAAACACACUGCCUGUCCUCCUUCAACACUGAAACACACUGCCUGUCCUCCUUCAACACUGAAACACACUGCCUGUCUUCCUUCAACACGGAAACACACUGUCUGCCCUCCUUCAACACUCAAACACACUGCCUGCCCUCCUUCAACACUGAAAUACACUGCCUGCCAUCCUUCAACACUGAAACACACUGCCUGCCCUCCUUCAACACUGAAACACACUGCCUGCCAUCCUUCAACACUGAAACACACUGCCUGCCCUCCUUCAACACUGAAACACACUGCCUGCCCUCCUUCAACACUCAAACACACUGCCUGCCCGCCUUCAACACUCAAACACACUGCCUGCCCGCCUUCAACACUCAAACACACUGCCUAUCUUCCUUCAACACUGAAACACACUGCCUGUCCUCCUUCAGCACUGAAACACACUGCCUGCCCUCCUUCAAAGUAUUUGACUAAUACUCUAAGGACAUGUUUCCCAGACAGAUUAAGUUUACUUCUGGACUAAAUAACCCUUUCAGUGGAGAUUCCCUAUUGAGUGUGCUUUUCAGUCCCUGACGAGGCUUAAUCUAUGUCCGGUAAAGCUGCCCUAAAAACAGUUAAUAGAAAAGGCAUUGUAGAAUGAGAGUAGCUUACCUCAUUGGUUGAUCACACCUCCCUAUAAAUUAAACUUAGUCAUAUCACACCAAAUCAUAUUGAUUUAUUGUUGACAAGUUAAAACGGUUUGUGUGACCUGAACUAUAAAGGACCUUUCACCCCCCCCCAGGCGAUUGAGAUGAUUGAGAAGGAGCAGAGAGAGGCGGAGAGGCGACCCAUCACCAAGAUCACACACAAAGGAGAGAUAGAGAUCGAGAGCCAGGAGUCUGGGAAGGCACCAGAAGCCACAGAGCCGGAGGUAAGACAUAGCUGAUGUAGAGAAACACACCGCUUCAUAUUCAAGUGAGUUCUGGCCUUUUCUCACUUUUCUGUGAUAUAUUUUGGCUUCUAGAAAAGUUAGUGGUCAUAGGUAGGGCUGUUACGGUGACUGUAUUACGGCCUUAGUCAUAGGCACAUCCUUAUAAACGUAGGACACAUAAACAGAAUGGCCCACACACUGCAUAUGCUCCUAACACCUUUAUUGACCACCUGGAUUUUUGGUUCAAGAGGAUUUAGAGUUGAGCAUGUUCUCUUCCUAAGAAAUAGUUCAUACCUUUUUUAAUCAUUUAUGGGUGAAUCUCAAUUGUAUUUACUCAAAUUAACACGCCCUCAUCUCUCCUUGCCUCCUUAACACGCAUCAGAGAGGACAAUGAGGAAUCAAGGAAAUACAAUUGACAUUUUACCCAGUGUGUCCAUACAUUUCUUAUGAACUCUUCACUGUUGUUGUGUUUGAACUCUUCCAGCCAGAGCCUGUGGCUGCUCCCAAAGUGACAGAGGAGCCAGCGGAAGUUCCCCAAGAGAAGAAGACGUCGACAACAACAGAGAGCGUCAAUAUUUUCCAAGAUACAACCAGUCUGCAUAAGACUCACCUGUUUGACCUCAACUGCAAGAUCUGCACAGGUAGGCUCUGAUUCUGUUCUUUCCGUUUCUGGUUUUGGUUUUUAAGGAUAGUGGAAGUACUAUAGAUUAUGUGUUGAUGCUUGAUCAGAUAGAAUGGAAGUAGAGGGGAGAUAGAUUAGACGGGGAGAAAAGGUGAACACGGCGAAUGAGCCCCACAAACCCAGGAUUGUGGCUUUAAGUCAAGUCUUACCAGUGGUUUUCUAUUGGACUAAUGGAAUUGUAAUUCAUGAAGGUCGUAUGGCUCCACCUGUGGAGGAGGCUCCUACCAAAGUGGUGAAAGUGGCCACUACUGUAGUGAGGAGAUGGUCCACUACCUCCACCUCUACAGAGGGAGGGACCAAGAACACACCGUCCACUACCUCCACCUCUACAGAGGGACAGACCGAGAACACACCCUCCUCCUCGUCUGCUAAGGACGACGACCUUCACCUCAAAGUCCUAGAGGAGAGCCUCCUCAGCGCCAAAGUCUUCUCCAACUACGAGGGGAGGUACGUGGAUCAAUCGGUCAAUUACCCAGCCAUCCAGUCAGUCGGCAGAUGUUAGUGCUUUUCCAGUAUACCCGGCCUACAGCCCAAAGAGCAGGCAAAGCACUAGCACAGUGGCCAUAUUGUCCUCCAUCAUUCUCCUCCUUGUGAUAGAAUCACAAAGGCUAUCAAUGUAAUUCUGUCAUACAAAAAAAUAACAUCUGAAGUUAAGCGGUGUUGAGUUAGUUACGCGACCAUUCUGAAUGUAUUUAGAAAAUGUAUAUUAAUAUUAUUAAAUGACCAAUAAACCCAUAAUUAAGUGCAGGGUUAUUCUAAAGUUGUGUUUGUAUUCCUGGCCUCCAGGUCAGUGUCUAUGAGUGGCAGAGAUGGCGAGGCUUCCUUCCUGUCCAACCUGCAGUCACUAUGGAGAGGGCUGGUUAACAUGCCUGCUGUGGCCAAGCUCCUCACUAAAGCCUUCCCUGUAUCAGGAGUCCUGGACCACCUCACAGAGGUAAAACCACUUAUAAAUGUUUAUUCAUUCGUAUAAUGCAUAUAUUUUUUUUUAUGCUUUAAUUAAAUGUAAUGCGUUAAAUACUUUAAUAAUUAAUUGUUUUAUAAAUCUUCUUAAUGCUUAUUCAUUAAAGUGCUAAAGUGUUACCAACACAGCAUUUCGAUUUUCUAGUUAUGGAAUGCCCUUUUCUUUUGUAAAUGCCAUUUAUAUUAACAACUCAACAAACUAUCAAGUUGAAGGGUAGAUAGCAUAUGGAUUUGCAUUAGUAUAUGCACGAGAAUGCAAUCCCAAUGCAAAGUUACACCUCACUUUUCUAUUUUUGGAGUUAUUACAUAAAACCGAUCAGAAUGCCGAAGUCAUGUGGGAAAAUAUUUUUCCAGGGUGUGAUACAGAGAACCUGGCAAAGCCAGCCUAUUCCCUAUAAUGUAAACUACAACAGAAAUAACUUCAAAUGUAUAUAACUUCAAAUUAAACCAAAUAGUUUGCACUUAUGAUCACUGGUUUCAAAGUAAUUUUCAGCCAACUUACAAGCAAAUACUUUAUGAAUGUAUUGUUACAAAUUAACUAGCCUGCUAACAUUAUCCCUACCAGCCUACUGUUGGAAAGCAGCUCUAUUCCGGUUAUUUUUAUCCUAAAGAACUCCCUAGUCCUUGCCGAUGACAAGCGUACCCAUAACCUGAUGCAGCCACCACCAUGCUUGAAAAUAUGAAGAGUGGCACUCAGUGUUGUGUUGGAUUUGCCCCAAACAUAACGCUUUGUAUUCAGGACAUAAAGUUAAUUUCUUUCCCACAUUUUUUGCAGGUUUACUUUAGUGCCUUAUUGCAAACAGGAUGCAUGUUUUGGAAUAUGUUUUAUUCUGUACAGGCUUCCUCCUUUUUACUCUGUCAAUUAGGUUAGUAUUGUGGCAUACAGUGUGGUUGAUCCACCCUCAGUUUUCUCCUAUCACAUCCAUUAAACUCUUAACUGUUGUAAAAUCACCAGUAGAUGUUGGAAUACAUUUGUAAAAAUUUCCGAAAACAUAAUUCCACUUUGACAUUAUGGGGUAGUGUGUGUGUGUGUCCAUUUAAUCCAUUUUAAAUUCAGGCUGUAACAACAUGUGGAGAAAGUAAAGGGGUGUGAAUACUUUCUGAAGGCAAUGUACAUAAAGCCAUCUAACUAAAUAUAUCAAAGAGUUAACUGCAUAUAGCUAUCUUAGGCAGCAAGCUAACCAGCCAGCUAACGUUAGCUAUUUAGCCAACAAACGUUAGCUAUUAGCCUAGCCAACCAGCACGGCUAUGGUCGGCAUGUUAGAGCCCAACUACUGGAGACCAGUUAGAACAUAACCGAAGAUCAAAAGAGCAGAGACUUACAUGAUGGUAAGUGUCAGGGAAAAUCCAAUAGCUAUAGUGAGAAAAAUCCCAAAUAGAUAGAUUCCAGAUGUCAGUUAGCUAGCGCGCUAGCACUAAGCCAAGGUGGAAAAAGUUAAACUCCUGUAGCCUACUUCACAGAGAACAUGCCGAAAAGGCGAACAGAUGAGGUACCACCGUUACAUAAUUAGAGCAAGCAGGUAUGAUUUUCUCUUUAGUUUUGAGCCCACGGCAAGAAGGCACCAGAGCCUGCAGUGCUUACAGGUUCCCACUAGAUAACACACUGACAUGUUCUUCAUAACACAGCCACAAAGUCUGUGAAGAGCAUGAGUUGUGGCUUACCGAGCUAGCAUACAAACUCUGUAGCACAGAGUAGGUCCUACCAUAAAACGUUGAGAAAUAGUGCAUUGUGGGUAGUUCCGAAGAUAUCCGGAAUAAGUUAAUAAAUAUGUUUAAAAAAAAAAAGUUUUAUAGUUAUAGGUAACCAGAUCAUUACUGCAACUAAGUUACUAAGUCUUUGACUACACUGUGUUGUUACUUUGGUGAGUAAAGAGUCAUUCUUCCUACCCUUUGAAUGGGGGACCACGUUGGAAACAAGUGGAAUUGCUUUAGUGUGUUAUCCCCAGGGUUGUCAUCGGUGCACCCCCCCAAUAAAAUCGGAUAAUAAUAAUAAUUGGAUGAAAUGCUCAUGGUGAUAAUCCCUGUUAUCAGGAUCUGCCGGAGAGUUUCCAGGUGGGUGGGAGGAUCUCCCCACAGAUCGUAUGGGACUACUUGGACAAGAUCAGAGCCACUGGAACAAAGGUACGUUCACCUGCUUGAAAUUUAUACAUCAGAAGUUGUCAUAGUUUUUACAGUAACCUGGCCUAGACCCAAGAGAGCAAGUAUAAUGAUGAUAUACAAAUGUAAUAUUCCAUUUAGCAGACACUUUUAUCCAAAGCUAUGUAGUCAUGCAUGCAUACAUUUACAUAUUAAUCUUUCCAAGACAAUCUGUGCCUGAACUGGAGAUGAAUAGUAGCUGUCUAGCUGAUAGCUAUGUCUAAGGGUACAAUGCAUCAAAUUUCAUCUGAGAUUUGUUUUAAUUGUACAUGGUCCCUGACACUUAAGUCAGUCAUUGUAAAUAAGAAUUUGUUCUUAACUCACUGGUUAAAUAAAGGUUAAAAAAAAAUGUAUACAAUUAAAUGAACUGAGUUAAAUAGAAUUUCCUUCCUCAUUAUUUGGGUCUUUUUUCUUUUAGGAGGUGUGUUUGAUUCGUUUUUCCCCUGAGACCGACGAGGAUGAGAUCCACUACACUCUGCUCUAUGCCUACUUCAGUAGCCGUAAACGCUUCGGCGUGGUCGCCAACAACCUGAAACAAGUCAAAGACAUGUAUCUCAUCCCCUUGGGCGCCAUUGAGAAAGUCCCACACCAACUGGUUCCCUUUGACGGCCCAGGUAACAACCAACAACUCUCUCUACUUACUGUAUAUUGGAAUAAUAUACUUUCAUUGGCUAAAAGAGAUCCUAAUAAACAAAUAAUAUAUCUUGGGUUAAUCUGGUACUGGUUUCCCAGAUCCAGAUCAAGCCUACUCCUAGACUGAAACGCUCAAUAGAGUCUCUGUUGAAAGCUCUUUCUAGUCCAAUAAUUAUUGUGGGGGCUCGAUGGUAAUUUCAAUAUGACAUCAAUGUCGAUGAAAAUGUGCAAAUCAACUUGAUUGCAGGCACACAACACACUCCCCGCCUUUGGUCAUCGGCCGUUACCGAGAACCACAUACCGGAUCAUUAACAGGGUCGUUAGCAAUGCCGUUUUUUAGAGUAUAUUUUUGUGCUGUUCAAAUUCUAGACGUCGGAUUAAAUUGAGACUAUAGCGUCCAUAAAGUGACCGUUGGGCUUAAAAAAUUUAGGAUUGACUAAGUUUGGACAGUGCCUUCAGAAAGUGUUCAUAUCCCUUGACUUAUUCCACAUUUUGUUGUUACAGCCUGAAUUUCAAAAUUGAUUCAAAAUAUUUAGUCUCAUCCAUCUACACACAAUACCCCAUAAUGAAAACAUGUUUUUCGACAUUUUUAAUAAUGAAAUACAGAAAUAUAUCAUUUACAUAAGUAUUUACACCCCUGAGUCAAUACUUUGUAGAAGCACCUUUGGCAGUAACUACCGCUGCGAGUCUUUCUGGGUAAAUCUAAGAGCUUUCCACACCUGGAUUGUACAAUAUUUGCCCAUUUAUUCUUUUCAAAUGUUUCAAGCUCUGUCAAAUUGGUUGUUGAUCAUUGCUAGAGAACCAUUUUCAGGCCUUGCCAGAGAUUUUAAAGUAGAUUUAAGCCAAAACUGUAACUCGACCUCUUAGGAACAUUCACUGUCUUCUUUUAAAGUUUUUGGUAAUCAACUCCAGUGUAGAUUUGGCCUUGUGUUUUAGGUUAUUGUCCUGCUGAAAGGUGAAUUCAUCUCCCAUUGUCUUGUGGAAACAGACUGAACCAGGUUUUCCUCUAGGAUUUUGCCUGUGCUUAGCUCCAUUACGUUUCUUUUUUUAUCCUGAAAAACUCCCCAGUCCUUAACAAUUACAAGCAUACCCAUAACAUGAUGCAGCCACCACUAUGCUUGAAAAUAUGGAGAGUGGUAUUCAGUAAUGUGUGGUAUUGGAUUUGUAUUCAGGAUGUAAAGUUAAUUGCUUUGCCAAAUUUUUUAUAGUAUUACUUUAGUGCCUUGUUGCAUGUAUUGGAAUAUUUUUAUUCUGUACAGGCUUCCUUCUUUUCACUCUGUCAAUUAGGUUAGUAUUGUGGAGUAACUACAAUGUUGUUGAUCCAUCCUUAGUUUUCUCCUAUCACAGCCAUUAAACUAUGUAACUGUUUUUUAAAGUCACCAUUGGCCUCAUGGUGAAAUCCCUGAGCGGUUUCCUUCCUCUCCAGUAACUGAUUUAGGAAGGACGCUUGUAUCUUUGUAGUGACUGGGUGUAUUGAUACACCAUCCAAAGUGUAAUUAAUAACGUCACCAUGCUUAACUCAUCUACCAAUAGGUUCCCUUUCUUUACGAGGCAUUGGAAAACCUCCUUGGUCUUUGUGGUUUAAUCUGUUUGAAAUUCACUGCUCGACAGAGACGUUACAUAUAAUUGUAUGUGUGCGGUACAGAGAUGAGGUAGUCAUUCAAAAAUCAUGUUAAACAUUAUUAUUGCACACAGAGUGAGUCCAUACAACGUAUAAUGUGACUUGUUAAGUACAUUUUUACUCCUGAACUUAUUUAGGCUUGCCAUAACAAAGGGGUUGAAUACUUGUUGACAUUUCAUUUUAAAUUAAUUUCUAAACAUUUUGAAAAACAUAAUUCCACUUUGACAUUAUGGGGUAUUGUGUGUAGGCCAGUGAAGAAAACAUCUCCGCCAGUAACACAACAAAAUGUGGAAAAAGUAAAGGGGUGUGAAUACUUUUUGAAGGCAGUGUAGGUGCAGCAGUUUGUGUUACAUUUUAUAAUUUAUCGCUCUCACCUGCCCAUUUCUGUCCAUUUAAGAACCAACGAUGUACUACAGUGGCUUGCGAAAGUAUUCACCCCCCUUGGCAUUUUUCCUAUUUUGUUGCCUUACAACCUGGAAUUAAAAUUGAUUUUUUUGGGGGGUUUGUAUCAUUUGAUUUACACAACAUGCCUACCACUUUGAAGAUGCAAAAUAUGUUUUAUUGUUAAACAAACAAGAAAUAAGACAAAAAAAACAGAACUUGAGCGUGCAUAACUAUUCACCCCCCCCCAUAUCAAUUACAGCUGCAAGUCUCUUGGGGUAUGUCUCUAUAAGCUUGGCACAUCUAGCUACUGGGAUUUUUGCCCAUUCUUCAAGGCAAAACUGCUCCAGCUCCUUCAAGUUGGAUGGGUUCCGCUGGUGUACAGCAAUCUUUUAAGUUAUACCACAGAUUCUCAAUUGGAUUGAGGUCUGGGCUUUGACUAGGCCAUUCCAAGACACUCACGUGCCCAUUUCUGUCCAUUUAAGAACCAACGAUGUGCUACCUUUUUGUAGCAUUUCUGACAAUGCUAACAUAUUUUUCAGCCGAAGCCUAACGUUCUAGCACCGGGUUGAGCAACUCGUAGUAGGCAUUGGUCUGAAGCCGAAAAUAAAGGAAAUUCACGAGCACCACAAUGUCUACUCCACCCAGGCUGUUUGAGAAGGUUUGAAUACCAAGCAACCUGCAUAUACAUAGUUUGAAGUACAAUAGACCAACAUAGCUACUGUAGUAGGUCAAAGCUGUGUGCUGGAAAACCUUGGUAGAGCAUGGGUGGAGUAGGCAUUGUGGUGCUCGUGAAUUCUUAAUUCUUCAGCUUUGGACCAAUGCCUACUUCUCACUUAAAACAAUUUCGUUUUUAUGAAGCUUCUAGCUCAGGGCUGGGCAAACUAUGGGUCCGGCUAGUAAACCCAUUUAAUCCGGUCCGCGAGAGGUUUGAGUAAAUAAAAAUAAAAAUAUAUUUUAAUAUAUAUAUAUUUUAAACACUCCUGGCCACACUUUAACAUCUAAAAGUAGAUAAAGUAUGUAGAAAUUAUAAUGUACUUAUAUAUUUUAAAAUAACUGCCCUUUUUCAGGCCCACAAAUAGAUUUUGACAAUUGGUCCCCCCAAAAAAUGUGCAGACCUCUGUUGAAUUUGGAAAUCCCGGUGUGGCCCUGGAGCCAAAAGGUUUGGCCAUCCCUGCUCUAGCUAAUAAUCUGGGUCUGGGAAACCGACCCAUGAUGUUUCAUGACCCCAUUUACCUUUUUGAUGGAAUAUGCGCAAUACUCACUCACAAUGAUAAUCAUGAUGCUUUAUCUAAAAACAUUUACUUUGCCUACUUUUAAUUGUGCUUUUCCUUUGAUGUUAUUAGGUUGUCUUUGCAAAUAAGAAUCUAUUCUGAAUGGACUGUCUAAAUAAUACAUGGGUGUGGCCAACCAAUAUUUCAUUUAUAAAAUGUGUUUUAAUGUAUUUAAUUUAUGAUUUCAUUAUAUUUACUUCAACAAUUUUUAACUCUGCUUUUCAUCGGUGUUGCUGUUUAACAGGACUGGAAAACAACCGCCCCAACCUCCUGCUGGGCCUGAUCAUCCGCCAGAGGCCUAAACGUGACUUCCUGCCCGUGGACAUCAACGAAACGGCCAGGUUCAUACCGGAGAGCAAACCCGAGACGACGACUACUACCGUCACCGUAAAGGACCAAGAAGUUACCCAGGAGGAGGACUCUUACAUCUCCUCUCUGUGUGCUCCAAGUACAAAAGAAAGGGACAGAGAAGAGAUACCAUUGCUGAACACAGCUGAGGAAGUGGUCACAGCAGAACAGUCUAGUACAGACUUCUCUGAGAAAGCUGAAGGUGAAGAUACUGAAGAGGGGUACCAACCACUACGUUUCCUUCCGGGGGUGUUGCGUAGUUGGGGCGGAGAGCUUCUGCCCCUGCCGGACUUCUCAGGUAAACCGAAACACAAAAAAGGCCUGCACUCACUUGAACACCAUUUGCAAUUGAAGCUUUUGUGUUUAUUUUUCUUUCAACUCAUAAUAGCAACAUGUCUUUAAACCACACCUUAUGUUUCGGCUUGCUCCUUCUUUUCCCAGGUAACCCUCCACUACUGGGUGAUGACGGUCGAGAGCCCCCGGGUCCACAGGCCUCCAAGGCUGACGGAGGAGCAGCCACCACUCCAGGAAGCUCCACCACCAUUAAGAGUCCCACCGCUGGUGCUCACAGACAGACUGGUUUUGUCAUUAAGAAGAGGGAACCCAAACUGGUCAAAGCAGAGGAGCCUGUGUCUUCCAGCCUGGCUGAAAUGCCUACCGCUAACAACAACGCGUUAGCGAAAGAAGAGGAGGGUGUGGCUUACCGUGGCCCGUCAGUCUCUCUGAAAGACAAACCUCCAGAUGUCUCGACGGAGUCGUUCCUGGCCAGCCUCUCCACAGAUCCCAACAGUGACGUCUUGCCAAACAAAGGAGAUUUGGCGUUGUGCGAAAAGGACAAAUCCAAAGAAGAGAUGCCCACUCUCUUGUGUCCUACAGCCACAUCCAACACUUCUGUCGAGGAAAUUGUCACCACACCGAAACCCCUUCUAAGUGGAAUCCUGAAGAAAAGCUCUGCGUAUUCCAAUAUGACUGAAGAACCAACUGCUGUCCAAUCAGCAGGAUCACAGGAUCACCCCCAACCAGUACCUGUUCUAACCACCAGGAAGUAUCGUCCUAUGGCAGCUCAACACGGAUACCCUUCCCACCACUACAGACACCCCCCACCUCCAGACCAUGGCCCACUACAGGCUGGUCCCUAUGGUCCCAUCCCCCCCCAGACUGGAGGACCUCCUGUAGACUUCCAGUACCAGCCACCACCACCUAUCCCCCCCUUCGGUAACACCGCACCGCCACCUUUCCAGCACCCGCCCCAGCUACCCACCAACUUCAGCUACCCUACUGGCCCCCCACCACCUAUGAUGUACCCACCACCUCAGAUGCAGAAUCACGCUGGAAUCACACAGUGGGCUCAACCUGGUCCCGGUCCCACGUCUCCCAACUCUUUUCCUGGGGGGCUACCGUUAGCUUACGGUGGUGACCCUCAGAGGUUUGCCUCCGCUGAGUCGUCCAAUCCCAACCUGAACCUGCCCCCAUCCGCCGCUGCCAAAGAGGACCAGAAGGGGGCAGCAGAGAGGCUUCUGUACAGCGACCCCUGGGACAGGCAGCCCGGGUCGGGCCACAAGAAGGAGGACCGGGACCAGUACCGUCACCGGAACCACAGUGAGUCCCGUCACGGAGAGAAGAGCCGGAACCACAGCCGGGAGAGGGGAAAGAAACGGGAUAGAAGCCGGAGCAGAGAGCGAGACCGGAGUAAAGACUCUUCUUCUCACCACAGAGGGAGCCGGCACCACUCUAAAGACGAGCGCCACGGUGACAGGAGGAAAGAACGGCACCAUAGCGACGGUGACCACGGGAACCAUCACAAACACAGCAGGAGAGACUCUGAUUAUGAGAAAUCCAGGAGAAGUUCCAAAGACAGUCACUAAUGAGUUUUUCUGUACUACCCCUACCCACCCUGAGACAGUCUACCCCACAACAGUUUUAGUGCCACUGUCCCUUUUAUAUAUGUUCUUUUUAACACAGUUCUAUUUACAAUACAGUAGAGGUCAAAACUUUCAGUAGGAUUAUUAACACACAUUCAGAAAUCUGCUUUCUUAAAAACCAACCGAUAAGGCUUUGAGGUGAAAUUUCAAGUUUUGAAAAUCUCCCGUUUUUUAAGUGUUAAUUUUAUUGUAUAUUUCUGUAUUCUGCGUGUCACAUUGUGACUUGGUGCACUGAGCAUUAUGUGCUCUGAUAUGGAUCACAAGUGGUUAAAGGGAUAGUUCAAUGAUUUUAGAUAUGUUUCCAUACCUUUUAAAGCAGUCUAUGGACAAGGAGGCAGCAAUGAUUUGGACAUGACAUUUAACACAUGAAACAGGGGAGAUUUACUUAGACAGGGAAAUGAUCCCCAAAUGCUAAUAGUGUGGAUUGUAGGCACUCCCCUUGUCCAUAGACGGCUUUCAGGGUAAGGAAACAAAUCUUAAUAUGUCAAAUCGCUGAACUAUUACUUGAAUGUUUUCUAUAGCAUGAAACACAAUAACAGGCCUACCCAGAUGGACUGUUGGAGUAGAGAUGGAGGGAAAGCUCUGGCGACUUCAGCAGUUUGACAUGAAUGUAAUACAGCGGGGAGAGAGAACGAACUAACCAUUUGAGUAGCAGAAAACAAAAAAACAUUUGAAUUAAAGCAGCUUCUCUUGUUCUGGUUUUUCCAUUUUUAUUUUUUUACAACUACUAUACAGAAAAUGUUUUUUUUCUAUUCAUUAUUUCUAUCGACAAUUAUCGUCUAUGUACAUUUUGGCUUGUCAUGUACAUUAGAAAAUCAAUUGUGCCUUCUGCACUGUGUUCAUGUACAGCUGGUAAUAAAGGUGAUCUUUUUAUUGUUGAGAAGAAAGAGGUCCUCUUUAAGGGAGGAAUGUAUAUUUUAAUCAAAGAAAGACUUACACUAAGUAUACAAAACAUUAAGAACACC